CUCUUUCAACCACCUCGGUAGCCUGUUAGCCAACAUAAAACUGAAAGAUUGAUUCUUUAGACCAUGUUAUUGUACAUUAGCUAAUCUCAGUGUUUAGACAAAUUUCGGUUGACGUAUCUACUGGUGAACUUUAACCUAAUGUGCUUGUUCAAUUUGCAAACUUGUUAAAGAUUGAUACUGAGGUUAGCACUAGGCUAGUCGCUAAUGCUAGCUAGCUAGCUAACAUCCCUGACCAUGAGCGCACUGAACUACUCCUCCCUUGCUAAUGAAGAUGAGGUCUGCUUUACGGAGAAAGAAUCUUUCAGAAUGAAAAAGGAGGAAGAGGAGGCUGUUAUAGUGAAAGAAGAGAAAGAACCUUUUAGAGAGGAAGAGGAUGCUAUCUUAAUAAACGUGAAGGAGGAAGACGUUUUGAGAGUGAAAAAGGAGGAGACAGAAGAUCCGAUUGACACCAGAGAGAGACAUGACAAUGGUGGAUCCUCUGCGGAGCCUCAACAACAUCCUGAUGCUGACGAGGCAGAGAAGAGUCUCUCCAGAUCAGAACACCAGAUGGACAACGCUAGCCCUUCCAGCCUCCCGGAGUCCAUGUCGUGCCUCUCCCGGUCGCACCUUACUGCUGGGUAUGAAGAGUUUGUCUGUGCUGCUGGUGGACUGCAGGAAAACAACGGGGCUGAGUGGAACUGUGAGAGGAGGAGAAGAGAUGAAAGGAUCAGAUUUGACUCAUCAAAGAGAAAGACCAGACUCAGAGGAACCAGAGCCAGGGACGUCCAAACCAGCAAGAAGACACCAGUGUUCCCACUGUGGAAAGGGUUGUAACCACUUAAAUGAGCUUAAACGACAUGAGAGAAUACACACAGGGGAGAAGCCUUACCACUGUUCCCAGUGUGGAAAGGGUUUUAACGAUUUGGGAAAGCUGAAACGACACGGGAGAAUACACACAGGGGAGAAGCCUUACCACUGCUCCCAGUGUGGAAGGCGUUUUAACGAUUUGGGGAAGCUGGAACGACACGAGAGAAUGCACAGGGGGGAGAAGCCUUACCACUGCUCCCAGUGUGGAAAGGGUUGUAAUGAUUUGGGGAAGCUGAAACGACACGAGAGAAUACACACGGGGGAAAAGCCUUACCACUGCUCCCAUUGUGGAAAGCGUUUUAACGAUUUGGGGAAGGUGAAACGACAUGAGAGGAUACACACAGGGGAGAAGCCAUACCAUUGCUCUCACUGUGGAAAGUGUUUCAACCAGUUAGGGACCCUGAAACAGCACAAGAUAAUACACACAGGGGAGAAUCGUUACCACUGCUCCCAGUGUGGAAAGGGUUUUCACGAUUUGGGGAAGCUGAAACGACAUGAGAGAAUACACACAGGGGAGAAGCCUUACCAGUGCUCGCAAUGUGAAAAGAUGUAUAGCGAGAAAGGACACCUGAAAGCCCAUGAGAAAAUUCACACAGGGGAGAAGCCUUACCAAUGCUCCCAGUGUGGAAAGUGUUUCACCUGGGCAGGGUAUCUGAAAAAACACGAAAGAAUACACACAGGGGAGAAGCCUUACCACUGCUCCCAGUGUGGCAAGUGUUUCAACGGGGCAGGGGAUCUGAAAAAACACGAAAGAAUACAUACAGGAGAGAAGCCUUACCACUGCUCCCGCUGUGUCAAGUGUUUUAACCAGUUAGGGGCCCUGAAACAGCACGAGAGAAUACACACAGGGGAGAAGCCUUACCACUGCUCCCAGUGUGGCAAGUGUUUUAUCCAGUUAGGGACCCUGAAACAGCACAAGAUAAUACACACAGGGGAGAUGCAUUACCACUCCUCCCAGGAUGCAAAGCUUUUGCCCAUUUUGGAAGCCUGAAAUAACAUGAGACACAGAGGAGAAGGCUUACAGAAGGUUAGAUUUUGGGAAAACAUAUUACUCAUAACAAUCACUUAAAUGUCAUUAGAGAAUCCACACAGGAGAGAGAAAUUACUUCUCUUAGCAUGUAUAUUGAUGUUUCACAUGUCAUUGACUCACAAUUCAUCAGAGAACAUACACAGUGCUCCCGUUGUCUUAUAUUGUUGCCUUAUAAUGUGUUUACCUGUUUUUACCAGAUGAAAUUGCUUCUUCCAAUUAUUGAUAAACAUGUACCUGUUAAGAAACUGACUGUUAGAUAUGUUAAGACUCCAUGGAUUGAUGAGGAAUUUAAAAACUGUAUGUUUGAAAGAGUUGGGGCAAAAGGACUGGCUAAUAAGUCUGGCUGCACAUCUGUACUGCAAAUUGAGAAAUUAUGUGACCAAACUCAACAAAAAUAAUAAACUUAUUAAGAAAAAACAACAGCAGCUAAGAUGCUAUAUAUAAGAAGAAUAGAUUUUAAAAAACAUCAUGAAAGAAAAGCAGAGCAAGUAUUGCAUUUUGUAAAGUUAGUGUGGGAGAUAUUGGUAUCGAUCAAUAAUGACAAACCUCCUGGCAUUGACAACUUAGAUGGAAAGCUACUGAGGACAGUAGCUGACUCUAUAGCCACUCCUAUCUGACAUAUUUUUAAUAUGAGCCAAGAGGAAAGUCUUUGUUCUCAGGCCUGGAGGGAAGCCAAAUUAAUCCACUACCUAAGAGUGGUAAAGCUGCCUUUACUGGUUCUAACAGCAUACCUAUAAGCUGGCAGCAAGCUCUAAGCAAACUGUUGGGGGAAAAAAUGGUUUGAGCAAAUACAAUGCUAUAUUUCUGUAAACAAAUGAACAACAUACUUUCAGCAUGCUUAUAGAGAAGGGCACUCAACAUGUACUGCACUGACACAAAUGACUGAUGAUUGGCUGAGAGAAAUUGAUAACAAGAAUAUUGUGGGAGCUCUAUUGUUAGAUUUCAGUGCAGCCUUUGAUAUUAUUCACCAUAACCUGUUGUUUAAGAAUGUUUGUGCUAUGGCUUUUCAACCUCUGCCAUAAUGUGGAUUCAGAGCUGUCUAUCUGAUAGAACUCAGAGGGUUUUUAAUGGAAGCUUCUCUAAUGUCAAACAUAUAAAGUGUGAUGUACCACAGGGCAGCUCUCUAGGCCCUCUACUCUUUUCUAUUUUUACCAAUGGCCUGCCACUGGCAUUAAACAAAGUAUGUGUGUCCAUGUAUGCUGAUGAUUCAACUAUAUAAGCUACCAGCAACCACAGCUAAUGAAGUCACUGAAACCCUUAACAAAGAGUUGCAGUCUGUUUUGGAAUGGGUGGCCAGUAAUAAACUGGUCCUGAACAUCUCUAAAACUAAGAGCAUUGUAUUUGGUACAAAUCAUUCUAGAAGUGCUAGACCUCAGCUGAAUCUGGUAAUGAAUGGUGUGGCUGUUGAACAAGUUGAGGAGACUAAAUUACUUGGCACUACCUUAGAUUGUAAACUGUCAUGGUCAAAACAUAUAGAUUCAAUGGUUGUAAAGAUGGGGAGAGGUCUAUCCGUAAUAAAGAGAUGCUCUGCUUUUUUGAUACUACUCUCCACAAAUCAAGUUCUGCAGGCUCUAGUUUUGUCUCAUCUUGAUAAUUGUCCAGUCGUGUGGUCCAGUGCUGCAAGGAAAGACCUAGUAAAGCUGCAGCUGGCCCAGAACAGAGCGGCUGUCACACCCUGGCCAUAGAGAAGCUUUUAUUCUCUAUUUUGAUUAGGCCAGGGUGGGCAUUCUAUGUUCCUUUUUCUGUGUUUUUGUAUUUCUUUGUUUUUGGCCGAGUGUGGUUCCCAAUCGGAGGCAGCUGUCUAUCGUUGUCUCUAAUUGGGAAUCAUACUUAGGCAGCCUUUUUCCACCUGUGUUUUUUGGGUAGUUGUUUUCUGUAUAGUUGCUUUGUCUUACAGAACUGUUCGUUCUUCUCUUUGUUAUUUUGUUCGAAUGUUGUUUGAUUAAAUAAAAAUCAUGAACACUUA